AUGAGCGCUGAACAGGUUGGUAGAAAGAAGUCGUAUAGAUGGGUGAGUGCAUCACAAGCCAGUUAUGACGGUGCUGGUUGGGAUAGUAGUGACGAAUACGAUUACUCCUCCGAGGAUGAUACCAAAGGUGAUGGAAGUCAUAAGAAAAAGGUUUCAAACUUGCCGGCUCUGCCCAAGCUCAAUUAUACCGAUGAGAAUGAUCAACCUAUUAAUAAUGAAAAUGAUAAUGAAAAGAAUGAUGAUGAUGAUGAUGAUGAUGAUGAUGAUGAUGAUGAUGAAGAUGAUGAUAAUGUUGCUGGUGUUUCUGGUGUUGUUGACGUUGCUGACGUUGCUGACGUUGCUGACGUUGCUGACGUUGCUGAYGUUGCUGACGUUGCUGAUGUUGCUGAUGUUGCUGACGUUGCUGACGUUGCUGAUGUUGCUGACGUUGCUGACGUUGCUGAUGUUGCCGAUGUUGUUGACGUUGCUGACGUUGCUGAUGUAGAUGUAACCAGAAUUGGACAUACUGACAAGGAAACAGACGAACCAGAUUAUCUUUCAUCGACAGCAUCUUUGAAGAGCCCAGUUGAGAAUAAGAAGUUGCUACAUGCCAAUAGGGCGGUGAACGAAGACCUUGAUAAUCUGAUUGAACAGAUAUCAAGGGAGAUGACACCGGAAAUGAGGCAGACUUCUGAUUUUCAGCGUGAUCCAGACAGUUCCGACGAAACUCAAAACAAAUCGCAAUCACAAAUUCCAGUGUCUCCCUUGGCAGAAAACGCAUGUGCCGAUUACGAAGAGGCCGAAAUAAAGCUCAUACAAGAUGGUAUGUGCAUGAACCUGCCGACAGAAAAUGAAGAUGAAAAUGGAGAUGAAUCUGAAAAUGAAAAUGAAAACAGUGACGAGGAUGAUUCUGAGAAUGAAGGGGAAGACUUUGAAGUGUCCAAAACCGGAUACCUUUCAGGUAUGUUGUCUUCGGAGCAGGAAGAACAAGUAGAACAGGAAAAGGCAGAUGAAGUCAUGAAUGCAGAUAUGCUAGAAGAAGAAGAAGGAAAAAGUGAAGAAGAAAAGAGUAUUGGCAGUAGGGAUUCUACUGAAUUCUUCGAGACAUCUAAUAAGCCAACCCAAGUAGCAGGUCUAAAGAAUACAGGGAAGGAGAUGAAGCUUCUCGAUGACGAAUACCGCAACUCCUUUUUCAACGACUACCAGCGUUCUUCAGACUCUGAAAAAGAGACCAAAGAGGAGGAGUAUGACGGUAAUGAAAGGUCUUCACCGAUUUCAGAUGAGCCUUCAAGUGUAAACCAAACAUCAAAACAACUUGAUACGACGGACGAUGAUGCUUUAUCGUAUACUGAAUCAAUCAAGUAUUCAGCAAACGAUACAAAAGUCGGAGAAGAAGGAGAAGAAGACAGCGAAACCACUGAAAACGAUAACGAAGCUACUGAUGAUUACAGAUUUUCCAGUAGAGAWAGAGAUUCUGUGCUAAUUUCGAGUGAUGAAAACGACAGUGAAGCAAAUAUAAACUCUGACUCGGAUGAGGGUAGUUUGAAGGCUUCGAAGUCAGGCUAUUUUUCCAAAAUGAUUGACGAUGAUGAAAGUUCAGACCAUAACGAUGAGGAGAAAUCGACAAUGGAUCACAAAGAAGCUAAAGACAAUGAAAACGUUAACUCGGAAGAUGGUAGUGUUGAAUCAAUGCCGAACCCUAACGGUGAUGAAGGGGAUAACGCACACGAAGACAAAGAUACGGAGGAAAAUUCAACUAGGGACUCAAAUGAUAUUGGCUCUUGGAAACCAGAUAGUGAAGCGUUGCGAUCGGGAUUCGUACAGGAUACAGCAAAUAAAAAAGCGCCACCUGGGUAUGUGAUUGACUCUAAUGGUAAGUUAGUAGAUUUAACGCCUGCUAGUAUGAAACCUCGCGUAGUCUCUACAUACUCGGAAAUGGAAAGUACCUGGGAUGCAUUUCCUUCUAAAAGUGGGAACGAAGAUUUGGAGACUAUUAGGGACACCAAGACCCUAUACGAUAACAAUACGAUCUAUAAUGUUCCCGGUUUAAUAGGUAAUCAUUCAAACCUACCACCUUUACCGACGAUUGCACACGAACAAUUGAAUGCAGGAAACGAGAACGGUACCACAGAGGACGAUAAUAACAACCACAAUAUUGAUAGUCAGGUGGCACGCGAUGCAUCUUUGAAAAGUGAGAGCAGGGCGGUAUCACAGGGCGAAAUGGUGAGCAUUCAUGAGCCCAGUUCUAAAGAAAUGGCAAAAUUGGGGCAACAGAGUAAUGUGCCCAAUCUAGACGUAAACAAAGUACUGAAUAGUAAAACAUCGCAUGAAAGUAAGAUAAACCAAUUGAGAACCCAGAAGCACGAAUUGGACGAAUACGACACGGGAAUACAGACAUGGAUAAACUAUACAUUAAAAUCGUCCUCUAGGAAGGAUAAGGACUUUAUAGUUGAAGAGUAUAAGCAGCAUAAUCAUGUCAGGGAGGCAUACGCGAAUGCAGACGAUUUGAGCAAGAAGCAUACAGUUAUUAAUACGGUCGCCAGCGUCAAUCAGAAUGUUACGCAUCUGAGGAGGAAAGUCUUCCAGCAUUCUAUGAAACCAAAGGACUUGUUUGCGUCAAUAGGUAAGAAAAAACUGUGA